AUGGAAGCUCGUGAAAACUCAAACACUCAGCUUUCUCUAGCGCUUGGUCCCCGUAAGAACACCAAGAGGGGUCCCCGUAAGAACACCAAGAGGGUUCUCUCUUUGGAGCUCUCCCUUGGAGCUCAGCAGGUCCAGGGCCAGGAGAGUAGUGAUGAAAAUGCCAAAAAGUCAAGGCUCUCUAAAGAGCAAGCUGCUGUCCUUGAGGCUAAUUUCAAUGACCAUCCGAAUCCGGAUACAGACAGGAAACUGAUUGAAAUUUUGCAGGCUCUAAAGAACGAGCUAGCUGACAGGUUAGGCUUGUUCCCUCGACAAGUUGAUAUUUGGUUUCAGAAUCGCAGGGCUAGGACCAAGUCCAAGAAGAAUGUGUCUGAAUGUGAAAGGCUGAAACAGGUGUGCAAAAAUCUCAUUGAGGAAAAUCUCAAGCUGAGUGAAGAAAUUGAAAAGCAGAAAGCACUGGCAACUGGUGAUCAGAAAGGAGCAUUUUAUGCUUAUGGUCUCUCAGGUUAUGUGCUCGUGUGCCCGGAUGAGUAG